AGACAGGCUGAGCGGCUUCAAACUCAUCUUAUACCCGAGUUUAACUUUACUGUCUGUACACUGUUCUUUUAGUGUAGUAAAAGCAGCAACGCUCGCUGUGGAUGUUCUUCUGUUAGCAUGCCCGCUAAAGCAAAACAGCAUCGUUAAGGAAGAGAUUAAACAAAUAUAAAGAGUAUUAAACAUAAACAUUUACAACAACGAGCGCCGUCUGUAAACUCUCAGUGAGCUGCAUUUGAGGAGUCGAUACUCAUGCACUUUAUCAGGACUGAGUGUUCAGGGCUCAGAAUGCCGCUGUGAUUUGGAGAUGUCCCUGAUCGUCUGACCCCAUAUUGUGUUUCAUUUGUAAAUAUGAGACCGUUGUUAAAUACAGUGCAUGCAUGUCUAAGUCUGCUGCCACCCUGAAGUUCAUGAUGGAUCUCUCCAUGACUGUCUUAAGCGUGAGGGAGUGAACCCUUGGAUAUUUGAGCAAGAUGGAAGGAGACAUGGCUGUACAAUGGGAUACAAUAGAGCCGCCCGUUGUUUCUCUGGCCAGUCCGUGUUAUGGAAAUGACAGCCAUGUGAUAUCGUCGCAAGGACCUGAGUGUGAACAUGAGACGGUUGAUGAUUUUGAUUGUGAAUUCCCUGAUGAAGACUUUGAUUUGGAAGUAGACGAGAAUGAAGAGCAAAAUACCAAAACUGAAGAUUUGAAUGAUGAUCAGGUGCAAGAUGUGAUUUCUGAGAAAGACCAGGAGAAAUGUGAAAGAGGGGGAAACACUGAAUUAGAGACUGAGUUUAGAGACAAUGGAGAGACUAGAUCUCGCAGUGCUGGAACUGGUAGGAAAGGAAAGUCCAAAAAGGGUGGAUCAGGGCAGGGGCCUUGCGAUCAAACCCCGUCAUGGACAUCUCCAUCUUUCAUGUCUCAUAAAUCCUUCCUUGUGUCCUCUGGGCCCGGCAGACACAAGCAGGUGAGGCGACGCAACCAGCAUCUGCACAAUCACAGCCGCGUGCGACAGAAAAACGGGAUCCAGCUGGUCAUGGUGUGUCGGGAUUUCCUGGCAGAUUUCGUCAGCCCCUGGUGCAUUUCCUGCAUCCAUAUGGUCGUGGAGCUCAUCAUCUCUUUGACCCACCGCUGUGGGGUUGCUGUUGAAUCAUCUGCACUUGCACUAUACAACUUUGGAACACACAUGCUUUACAAAGUGACAGAUUUUCCAGGCAUGACACAAGAUUUGAGGCGAUUCCUGGACUGGAGCUGGUGUUCAGGUGUGGCUUUAAUAGAGGGCAUCAGCAGGUCUGCGCGCUGGGCUCGACAUGCUCUUCUUUCCAGUUUGAGAUUUGUUUGUGCUGCACUAAGCUCUGGCUCUCAGAUGAUGAGGUGUAUUGUGGGAAGGCUGGCUGGAGAGAGAGGCAGGAAAUGGUGGCUUGCCCUCCAGAGCAGCAGGGUUUGGAGGAAAGUGUCGGAUCUGACCACGAGGAUUCAUGGGUGUUUCUUUAAAAAAGGCGUCAUGAGUGAAAGAUCAAAUCCAGAGUCUCCCAACAGGGGGGCAGACAAGUGGCAACCUGGCGAAGAACUGCAGAGACUGCUGGCACUAGCAAAGAUCCCUGAAGAGGAGUUGGACCCAUUUAAUGUUCUUGGAGUGGAUAUUCAUGCCACUGAAUCAGAACUCAAGAGAGCUUAUAGACAGCUGGCAGUGCAGGUUCAUCCAGACAAAAACAAGCACCCAGGUGCUGGUGAGGCCUUUAAGGUGUUAAGAGCAGCGUGGGACAUUGUCAGUAACCCGGAGACUCGGCGAGAGUAUGAAUUGAAGCGUAUGGCAGCUACAGAGCUUUCAAAAUCCAUGAAUGAGUUCCUGACCAAACUGCAGGAUGACCUGAAAGAAGCCAUGAACACAAUGAUGUGCACUAAAUGUGAGGCCAAGCACAAGCGCUUUGAGAUGGACCGUGAGCCUGGUGAGGCCCGAUUCUGUGCUGAAUGUAGUAAGUGGCACAGUGCCGAGGAGGGAGACCUGUGGGCUGAGUCUAGUAUGCUGGGACUGCGCAUCACAUUCUUCGCCUUCAUGGAUGGCAAAGUCUUUGACAUCACUGAGUGGGCAGGCUGUCAGCGUAUAAGUAUCUCUCCAGACACGCAUCGCGUGCCGUAUCACAUCUCUUUUGGCUCUAAAGGUAGCAGCGGCACCAGCCGCCACAGAUCCCCCCCAGAUCACGCACCAGGUGGAGGCUCACCUGCAGACCUGCAGGACUUCUUCAGCCGCUUCUUCCAGGGUGGAGCUCCCAGUGACAUGUCUGCUAAUGGAGGAUUCUUCCCAACAGGAAACCCGCCGCCACAUUCCUCCGGAGCAGCUGCAGGGACUUCAACCAUGUUUUCAGGAUCUUCUCCACAAACAGGGUUCUUUAGCCCAGGAGCCCAACGGGGCGAAUCCAGCGAACACUGGACUGAUGGAGGAAAGCCCCCACGCCGGCGCAAGAAAGUUCGCAAGCCAUUCCAGCACUGAGGAAUGCAAUAUUAUACAGAGAUGGAGUACUGUCUGUUGCCAUGUUUUGACAUGAUAUUGGCCAACUAGUGCAACUAAACGAGGAUAGAAUCGUUUGACCUCUGUUGAGCAUUUCAGUGUUGGCGCUUUGAAGCUUCCUGAUACAGAAUGAAAUGGCAACAUCAAAUUUCUAAGAGGAGCAAGCAAAGAAAGAUGCAAGAAGAUCUUUGCUGUUUCAUGUUUGAAGUCCUUUUUCGUUUUUCUCUUUUUUGUCACAAAUUAACCUACAUUCAAGCAUCUGAAAUAACAUUCUUUGAAGAAACAGAAGGACUCGCGAGUCACGAAUAGAUUUCCUGGUAUAUCUGAAGAAUAGUUGACCCGAUGUUAAAAAUUGUCACUAUUUAUUCACCUGCAUGUUGUUCCAAGCCUUUAUGCCUUUUAUUUUUGCUUUGAAUCUUCUCAGAGUUUUUUCAGUACAACGUCAAGCUCCAGGAUGAACAGAAAAUACCCAACGUUAUAAAAGUAGACCAUGGGACUUAUGUAUGCUACAUUUGAAGUCUUCUGAAGACGUCAGUUAGCUUUGUGCGACAACCAAAGACCCGAAUUUAAGCUGUUCACUGAUUAUGUUCUUCUCCAACAUAGCUAUUAAAUUUGGCCCAGGUUUGAUAUGAUGGUCAUGGGAUACAUGAUAACAAUGGUGUUUAGUAUUAACAAGCUCAGUGGAGGGGAGCUUUAGCAGCAAAUCAAAGUUUUUGUUUUGUUUUGAGAUUGAUAGAUGUGGUUAUGAACCACAUGAAGAUUCUUUUUUUUUUCCCCCACAGUAAAAAAUAGCAUCAGAGUUUGAAACGACGUGAGGGUAAUAAUGGCAUUUUUAUUUUUGGGUGAAGUUUUACUUUUGAAAUGUUUGGUUUUGUCAGGUUUGAAAUGGUGAAUCUGAUGGAAAAUGUUCACAAUGUUUUGUUAUAUAUUAACACACAAGGAUUAAUGUGACCUCAGGGAUGACUUUCUCUUCAUCUGCUAUUAGUAAGAGAACAGGAAGAAGACAGCUGAAAUUUCCAGAUGCUCCUGGUCUCAUCGUAUAGAGCUCAUGCAAUCCCGAGGAAUCAUUUUACCAGUUCAUAUUGAAAUCAGAUUUUAUUUUUUUCAUUGUUUAAAUCACUUGUUUAGGAGAGAAUUACUUCAAAUAUCUACAAAUAUAUUAUUAAAAAAAAAAAACCACACACAAUAUGGGUUAAUAUUCCAGAAACUGGUCGUCAGCUACUCACACAAUCUGAAUGAAGCUUUGAAUCAGAAGAUGAAAGAAUGGAGAGGGAUUUUCUGCCUGCUAACUGGAGCUCUUGAUUGAUUUGGUUGAUGUUUUUGUUUAUGUAGUGCAUCUCUGGAGCUGGAAGAGCCUCCAAUGUGCAUUGUAUUUAGAGUAAGCGGGGAAAAAAGGAUACCAAUCAAAAUGUAAAUGUGGAAGCACAUGUGUAAUGGUGUGUGAAUCUUAAAUGUCUGGAUGGAUGAAGUUUAAAAUGGGUUUUGAUGUGAAAACCCCAGAGCCUCCCUUUAAGAGGAAGUCCUCUCGUCACUUUUGACCACUUUCUUAACACUCAGGAAUCAUGUUAAAAACUUCAUUCAUCCCCUGGAGCCAUCAUUCAGGCCAGCAGAACCUGGAACGCCCAAACCGGACGUCUUUGGCUCAUGACAUCAUGGCCGGUGUUUUCUUUAUUUCACAGUAGACCCAAAAUACUUUACGACACAAGACUGCUUUCCCUCUGUACAGCUGGACAUAAAGCGCACUAAUACAUGCGUGUUCACUUUCAUGUGUUCUCAAGUCCUCAGAAAUGCUUUCAGGAACUUCCUGUUCAGUUUUGCUUAAAAGUCCCGAUAAAGGCUCUUGUUUAAAGACAGAAAUCCCAAGAAUAAAAACACUUAAAGAGACUCCA